GAUGGGAUUGGGAGGAGGGUUGGUCACGUUCUUUUUGUGUCUACUAUUUUUUGCUGCGCCUUCUGCUUCAUCAACAAACUUAUUGCCUAUCAUACCCUUCGAUGAAGGAUACGCACCCUUGUUUGGGGAUAACAACUUGGUCAUUCACAGGGAUGGCAAAACCGUCCAUCUUUCACUCGAUGAGAGAACAGGUUCUGGAUUCGUGUCUCAUGAUCUUUACCUCCAUGGAUAUUUCAGUGCUUCCAUUAAGCUACCUGCUGACUACACCGCUGGGGUUGUGGUUGCCUUUUAUAUGUCAAAUGGUGACAUGUUCCAGAACAACCAUGAUGAAAUAGACUUUGAGUUCUUGGGGAAUAUAAGAGGCAAAGACUGGAGGAUUCAGACCAAUGUUUAUGGCAAUGGAAGUACAAGCAUUGGCAGGGAGGAAAGAUAUGGCCUCUGGUUCGAUCCUGCUGAGGAUUUCCAUCAGUACAGUAUUCUCUGGACUGAUUCUCAGAUCAUAUUUUAUGUAGAUAAUGUUCCUAUUAGGGAAAUUAAGCGGACGGAAUCUAUGGGAGGUGACUUCCCUUCCAAGCCUAUGACUCUGUACGCGACAAUAUGGGACGCAUCUGAUUGGGCAACCAAUGGAGGCAAAUACAGAGUGAAUUACAAGUAUGCACCCUAUGUCGCCGAGUUCUCUGAUCUUGUCUUGCACGGUUGUGCGGUCGAUCCCAUUGAACAUGAAGCCAAGUGUGACAAUGCUCAAACUUCCAAAGCAGUUCCUACUGGUGUCACACCAGCACAAAGAAUCAAGAUGGAGAACUUCAGGAAGAAGCACAUGACAUACUCUUACUGUUACGACAAAGUCAGAUACAAAGUCCCUCCAACAGAGUGUCUCAUUAAUCCCCAAGAAGCUGAGAGGCUGAGAAAAUUCGACCCCGUGACAUUCGGGGGUGGCCGGCGCCGCCACGGAAAGCGACAUUAUCGCAGCAGAGGGAGCCAGGCAGAAGAAGCUGCUGCAUUUUGAGGGAGGAUUCCACAUGGUGAUAACAUUUUCAUUGAUUCAGUUUGAUUACCUGGGUUGAUUUUUUUUUCUUUUUCUUUUUGGUGUAUAGAGAGAGAAAGAGAGGCAUAGAGUUCCGAAUAUGAUAGUUUUGAUAUGGUUCUUGUUGGUGGGGUAUGUGUAUAGUUUCAUACCUUUAGGUUCCCAGGUACUGUCAUUCAUGUCUCUUAUGCUUUACAAAUUGAUAUAUCUGUUGAUUUCUCUGUAUUUAGACCAUACUUGAGGGUUUCAAUAAAUUAUUUAUUUAGCAUCA